UAUAAAACAAACAAACACACACACACACACACACACACACACACACCACCACCACCACCGAACAACACCAACACUCGCUUUUCCCUUUUCUGAAAAACAGAAUUUUCCAUUUUGUUUCCUGCAUACUGCAGAGGGGAGGACUGUGUGACCAACAAGGGAGCGGAACCGCCAAAAACAACAGAUUUUUUUUUUUGGGGGUUCUGUGAACGUGCGACCUCAUGCCUUCUUCUGUUCAUGAUCUUUCUGAUAACAGUGAAGCUGAUGAGCAGCGAAAGCACUCAGAACCUCAGAUUCAGUCUUCAUCACCUGCAGCUGGGAUGUCUAAUCCUGGAAUAACAACACCAAAUGUUCAAUAUGCAACCCCUUCGCAUCUUGGAGCAGGACAUGCUGUGGCACCAGCAGCUUACCCAUAUCCAGAUCCUUACUAUAGAAGCAUCUUUGCUCCAUAUGAUGCACAACCAUAUCCCCCUCAGCCAUAUGGUGGACAACCAAUGGUCCAUUUGCAGUUAAUGGGGAUACAGCAAGCUGGAGUUCCUUUGCCAUCAGAUGCAGUUGAAGAACCUGUGUUUGUAAAUGCAAAACAAUACCGUGGCAUCUUGCGACGUCGACAAUCUCGUGCAAAAGCGGAAUCAGAAAAUAAAGUUGUCAAGUCUAGAAAGCCAUACUUGCAUGAAUCUCGACACUUGCAUGCAUUAAGAAGGGCAAGGGGAUGUGGGGGCCGGUUUCUCAAUUCAAAGAAAGAUGAAAACCAAGAGAAUGAAGUGGCAUCAGGUGACAAUUCACAGCAGCACAUCAAUUUGAAUUCGGAUAAAAAUGAGCGUGCUUCAUCAGAUGGCACAUCCUAGCUGUUUUGGAAGAAUCAUUUAAGGGGCCUGAGAAAGCAUGCAGUCAUCAAUAAUGCAAGGAAACUAUGAUUCCAAACCAACCUCAGUGACCUCGUAUUGCUUGGUGAAGGAUCUGCACUUCCAAGACUGUAGUGUGUAUAGUUUUUCAAGUGGUAGACUCGUAGGGAUGGUUCCAAAGAUCAAGCCGGCAAAGUACGAUUGAAUAUCACAAUGAUAGUAACCCUCUCAUCAAUGGAUUUGAUUCUAGCCUUUUGCUCUUUCUUCUUUAGAGAAUGACUGGUACAUUUGGCUGUGUGGGCAUCACUUUGCACUUAAAAUCUGUUGUGAGGUUGUAGACAGUCUUCAUUUUUUUUUUUUUUUUUUCAAUCCAAAAUUAGGGCCUGUUAAUUGUUUGGUUUGAUAUGUAUAAUUAACUUAGGAUUAGAUUGACUGUGGUUAUGUAGUAUAGUUAUAUUCCAUUGAUGUCAAUUGAGGGAAUAAGUUGAUGGUUUAACUGAAAUUGGGGUCGAGUUAAGCAGUGUUGGAUGAGUGGUAUGUUAACUAAAAAAAAGAUCUUUUUUCUUGUUA